AUGACUGCGAGGGAGCCGGAUAUCGUGGUUGCCAAAUUUGAUUAUAAGGCUGCCGAUAGCCAAGAGCUGGACAUUCAGAAAAACGAGAAACUUACUCUAAUGGAUGAUUCCCAGCACUGGUGGAAAGUUAUGAAUUCCCAAGGACAAGUAGGCUAUGUUCCCAGCAACUACGUCAAGCGGUCCAAACAGGUUAGUCUUUCUUGCACUGAUCUAACUUCUUUGACAUUUUAUUGCUCAUUUCUCUUGUUAUCUAUGCAGACUAAUCUCUUUGUCUUCCUCCUCCUCCUCCUCCUCCUCCUCCUCCUCCUCCUCCUUUUCCUCCUCCUCCUUCAUGCACAAUGUACUCUUGUAGGCCUCUUUUCGAGUUUGCGGAACACGCUUGGUCGGCGGAAAAGUCGUUCUGAAGCUGCUCCCGGCGCCUUCGGCACGGGCCACUCUACAGGCGGAAGAGCUUCUAAAAUGCCUUCCCCUGCCGUGGCCUCGACCAAUGGCUUUGCGGGUCAAGGGGAAGCCAGGGCCAGUAUGGAGUCCCUCGGCUACGCUGUUCCGCCCGCUCUUCCCCCCUCCUCGGGCAACAUGCCUCAGGCUUACCAGACAGCCCCGUCUCCGCUGGUACCGGCCUUAUCUGCUGAUGCACCGGCACUUAAUCCUCCUCCUCCCGCUGCUAACGACCACACAGUCAACCCCGGCGUUGGCGGCGGCAGCGAGCAUUUCGGUCAGUACGCUUGCGAGGCAGAGACAGGCACCAGCUGUGAACAGGAGAGACUAUGGGGCGCACAGGCCCAGUCCUCGACGCCUUAUCAUACGGCUGGACCUGGU